UGCUCUCGGAAAAGCAGGCGAUCCCAUUGACAAAAUUUCAGUCGCGUCAAGCCGAGGGAGAGUGCGAUACCCGUUACAGAUCGCAGACGCAGACUGUUUUCCUCUGGGAUUUAUCAAAUCGCUCUUUUUAUACAAGUUAAGGAUUUUAUCAUCGUUGGGCGACGAUAUCACCCCCUUCGUCCCGGCUUAUUCCCGUUUUCCCUCCUGCUGCUGCCCCUUAGGCCGCAGUGAGAAGCAAGCGACAUGGACGGGUUUUACGACCAGCAGGUCCCUUUCAUGGUGCCCCCCAGUAAGUCUCACAUGCAGGAACCGUCUUGCAGACCACUCACUGACCGAAAAAGGAAGUUUGUUGACACUGAGUUGGCACAGGAUACGGAGGAGCUCUUUCAAGAUCUCAGCCAGCUACAAGAGAUUUGGAUAGCAGAAGCCCAUGUACCUGAUGACGAACAGUUUGUUCCAGACUUCCAGUCGGAUAACCUGAUGUUCCAUGGACCCCCUCAAACUAAGGUAAAGCGGGAACUGAGUCCAAGCAGAGAGUUUUCACCAUGUGGACAAGAACAGAGACUGUCUCCAUAUGGAGAAAAGUGCCUAUACAACUACAGUGCCUUCGACAGGAAGCCAUUUGCUUUUAACAAGCCACUCACUCCUCCAUCUACACCGGCAUCACCCUUUGGCUCCUCCACCAGCACAGCAACACACCCUGUGCAAAAAAGAGUAAUGCCACCAGCCCAAACUCAGACACAAGGACCACCACUAUUACCUGGUCCCAACCACAGCUCCACACCUCCACAUCAGAGAGCACAGACUCCACUCCACAGUCAGAGCCCACCUUUUGCAGUGCCCUGCCCACCUGUCAAUCACCCAGAUGCCUCCUACAGCACAGACCACAGGUUUCAUCGGCAGCUUUCCGAGCCCUGUCUGCCAUUCCCGCAGUCCGAUGGCCGCUGUCAGACACCGUACCCCCCGCAGGCCCGUGGCCAUUUUCCCCGACAUAGCCGUCCCCCAUAUCAGCGCCAGAUGUCAGAGCCGUUGGUGCCAAUGCCUCCCCAGGGAUUCAAAAAGGAAAUGGUGGAUCCCUGUUACAAUGAGCAGGGAGUGCAAAACAUGGGACCUCCUCGUGCACCACUGUUCCACCAAAUGUCAAUCAAACAGGAGCCCAGAGACUUCGGCUUUGAUUCAGAAGUACAGAACUGCCAGUCAUCUUUUGGCAAGUCAGCAAACUUCUAUGGUGCCAACAGCGAAGGUUUCGGGUAUGAAGGAGAAUCCCACCUGUAUUAUGACGACGCGUGUGUGGUGCCAGACCGCCUGGAGGGAAAGCUAAAGCAGGAGGGUGGAGUUUUCCGGGAGGGGCCUCCGUAUCAACGAAGGGGGUCUCUGCAACUCUGGCAGUUCCUGGUCACUCUGCUGGACGACCCAUCCAACAGCCACUUCAUUGCUUGGACUGGUCGUGGGCUGGAGUUUAAACUCAUUGAACCUGAAGAGGUUGCUCGUCGUUGGGGCAUCCAAAAGAACAGGCCUGCGAUGAAUUACGACAAACUGAGCCGUUCCCUGCGCUACUACUAUGAAAAGGGCAUCAUGCAGAAGGUAAAGGUUGCUGGAGAACGGUACGUGUAUAAGUUUGUGUGCGAUCCCGAUGCGCUCUUCUCAAUGGCGUUCCCUGAUAACCAAAGGCCCAGUCUGAAAGCAGACCCCGAUGGGAUGCAGGUUCCCGAGGACGACACUGUUCCUCUCUCACACUUUGAUGAGAGUAACACUGUCCCGUAUCCAGGAGAUGCCAGGGACCAGUGCUUAGUGGGGAAGUCCUUUCCUGAAAAUUACGCUUUCUGAACUGCUUCACCAUCACUGAGCAGACCAGAAGAACUCUAAAAUGCAUCCUCGCACUCCAAAAGCAGCUCAUGUCAAAUUGUAAUUGCUCCGAUGAGGAAUCUGUAGCGCCUGCUGACAAGUCUCUAGACUUUCUUGCCACACUUUUAUUGUUUGUUUGUUUCUACAAGGUUCCAUAAUGAUUUUUUUAAUUUACAAACAACUUAAAGGGACACAACAGUAUUUUUGAGUAUAACCUUUGGUUUUAUAUAUAUAAAUAAGUGUAUAUUUUAAAAUAUGGCUUUUGUGCACUGCUUUCUUUGUGUAUUGGGCCUGGCGUCUUUUUUCAAUGCUCUGCUUUAGUGAGAUUUGUAACAACUUCUGACAAUGCAUAAUGAUGCACCUCAGGCUGUGUUGUCAUUAUCAGAGUGUAUAUAGCUUUGAUUAUAAUCUGGAAAAAUGCACAAUUUUCUCCAGCUGGCCAAGUAAAAUGCUUUAUAACUGUUCAGAAAUAGUUAUUUCAAUGCUUUUGUAAUGUGAUUUUUAUGGAUUGGGGGUGGGGUACAAUGGGCAAAAAGAGGGUAGGGGAAUUGAAAAGUGAAAUCUAUGUAUAUUAUGAGUAUAUUUUUGCAAAAGCUGAACUGAAUUGCAUUGUAUAAGCUGUACAACAGACUUUUAUCACUUGUAAUCUGUUCUUUUUGUACAGUGGUGUGUGUGAAAUUGCAAACCAGCUCUUGAUAUGCCUGGUUCAGGAUCAGUCAUGCUUGCGUGACCUUUAACUGUUUACCAAAGGAUUAUAGCAAGGCUGUCUGAUUUCUGCUCCGUAGUAAACAAGCAUGGCAAGAAGCUCUUUCCACCUUCACUGUCAACCUUAUUUGUCUGUACUGGGUACAACAGACCCCUAGUUCUGUUUCACUGUGGAUAAAACUGUUGUCUCAUUGUCUUUUGAAGACAAUUUCUUUCAAGAAUUUUUCAAGUACAGUUUUGGUGUACAAUUACAGAUCUGUAUUUUCUAAACUAUAAGGUACAGGAUAAAUAAACGUCCAUAAACAGA